UAGUACUUAAAAUCCAAAAUUAGCAAAAAACUAACGACGACAAGAUGGAGUUAGAUUUUGAUAAAAACUACAUCUCAGUUACCAGAACUUUAAGUUUUAAUCGUUCUCAUCCGUAUAUCAAAAGGAACCACGUUUGGUUUCUGACUUUCCUUGCGAUGCACGGAGUCCACACAGUUGUCUUCAUCCUUUUGCUCUACAACAUUUUUUACAUCGAUUUGAAAGAGAACGAUUUCAACAAAACCUGUUCAGAUGGGGUCCUUGUGGUCAUGUACCUGGUCACCACGUUCGAAUACUUCAUUUUACUCUUACAUCAAGACAGUAUAGUUGACAUCAUCGAUGACAUCAAGAGAGAUUAUAAGGAGAUCAGUAAAAUGACUGAAUUGGAACAGGAGGUUGUUUAUAAGUAUGUGAAGAUCAGCCAGUGGGUUUGUAAGCAAUGGGUAAUCAUUGCUAUAUCUGGAAACACAAUUUUCAUUGUUGGAAGCAUUUGCCUCAUGUGCUACUAUCACUUCAUCAACGAUUUCAAACUCAUUGGGAUGUACGAUUUAAUUUAUCCACACAUAAUUGAAGACAGGAAGGAUGAAAUUCCUGUAUUUUUGUUUACUUACAUUUUGAUUUUAUUUUUUGGGUCUUAUGGAGCAUCCAUAUAUGCUGGUUUCGUACCUAUGGGUCCGAUUUUUAUUCUACAUGCGUGUGCGCAACUCGAUCUGGUAAAGAUAAGGAUUAAUGAUCUGUUUAUUGUAAAAGAUGAUGAACAAGUAAGGAAGAAUCUCAAAUAUAUUAUUGAGCGGAUACAGUAUAUUGAUGGAUUUGUGGAUCGAGUCAAAGACUGCUUCAAGAUCUGCUACGAGAUAACUUUGAAAGCUACUACCAUCAUGCUGCCUAUUGCCUGCUACCAGAUAAUUGCGGCCGCGAAAAAGGGUCAAAUCAACUUGAACUUCUUGUCGUUUAUUAUUGGAGCCAUAACAAUCAGCAGCGCACCUUGCUACUACAGUGAUCUUCUCAUAGAAAAGGGUGAAUCCGUCCGCCUGGCGCUGUACUCGUGCGGCUGGGAGCGGCACUACGACCGGCGCACGCGCACCACACUGCAACUGAUGCUGCAGCACGCGCUCCGGCCCAUCGCCCUUAACACAAUCUUCAGGACGCUGUGCCUGGAUGCUUUAACUGAUCUUUUUCAACAAUCGUAUGCACUUUUUAACUUGAUGUGCGCUGCUUGGGAAUAGACGAAAGAAAAUUGACUUUCAUUCAUCGGCAAAGAUCGGUGUCUCUCUCACAACUGCUCGUAUUUCAAGAGGUGGUAUGGCCCAAGGAAAUAACAUUUUAAAGGCAAAUUUUAAAGCGGCGACGUUGGUUUGAAAUCUGCCCUUUUUCCGGGAUAAAACGCUAAUGACUUAAACCCUCAUCGAGACGUGACACACUGCGUGGGGAUAUAUUGGACUCUCGUCGACUAAAAACUCUCGAAACCCUUUAAAGAUAAAGCACCCUGAUUAAAAUGGGACUGUGCCAGACACGUAUGCGGCUUUCCCGAUACUUCUUGAGCCAAAGUAUGGGUUCCAUAAACAUAAGACUACCCCAGAUGAAAUUGUGACAAGAGCUCCAGUCCCCCGCAUGGAUGCGGUAAACCAUUUGAUGUAUACCGCAUCCAUGAGAUGGUCAUGUAGAGAAGAGAAGAAGCCAUAAACUGGAGAGAUAGAAAGAAAAAAAGAAAAAUUAAGAGAGACCUUCAGGUGUUCAGUGGGACAGAUUGGAAACACAAAAAAAAAGCUUUUGCCUACACAUGUCUUAUUUUCAAGCAAUUGUCAUGAGAUUUAUUUGAUAAUAGAUUAUUUUUCGUCAAACUUAUUUUUCAAUAAAUGAUUCCGAUGCUAAAGCACUUUUAUUCAAUGAU